GUUAUCAUGGUGACCAGCUCAUUGAUGAAGGACGUGAAUAGUAAAACUGAUAUGUACAGGGCAAAUGCUAUCCGUGUCCUUUUCCGAAUCACAGUGGAUAGAACCCUUCUUACUCAAAUAGAAAGAUACUUGAAGCAAGCCAUUGUUGAUAAAAAUCCUGUUGUUGCCAGUGCUGCGCUUGUCAGUGGAAUUCACUUGCUUCAGACAAAUCCGGAAAUUGUGAAAAGAUGGAGCAAUGAGGUACAAGAAGCCAUUCAAUUAAGGGUUGCCCUUGUACAAUUCCAUGCACUUGCUCUGCUGCACCA